GUGGUGUUGCAGCAGAAGGAUGCCGCUGGUGAAGCGCACUAUCGAGCCCAGGCACCUGUGCCACACGGUUCUGCCAAGGAACAUCAAGAAUGAACUGGAGUGUGUGACUAACAUCUCCUUGGCCAACGUCAUACGCCAGCUCAGCAGCCUCAGUAAAUAUGCAGAAGACUUGUUUGGAGAGCUGUUCAACGAGGCACACACCUUCUCUUUCCGGGUCAACUCCCUGCAGGAACGCGUGGACCGCCUCUCCAUAAGUGUCACACAGUUGGACCCCAAAGAAGAAGAACUGUUAACAGCGCAGCUAUGA